CUAAUCCAGACCAAUGUGCAGACAGAAGCAGAGCCGAGGGAUAUUCCUACCGAAUCAUCCGGGAACCGCAGUAGCUGUGGGGCACCAUCAGGCCUUCCCCAUGGUAGGCUGCAUGCUAAUGAGAGCAGCAUGGAUCUAUCGCAUGGUCAGCGGAGCCAAGGACAACAUUGAACACCUCACCGCAUGCCAUAAUCGAGCCAGUCAUGCAGGUCAUCUAUUUCGGCGCGAUAUAUUCCGGGCAAACUGCUGGCACAGGUGCAGAACGGAGAGCAGCGGCGAAAACCUACUAUCGCUGCCUGCAAGUCGUUCUGAAGUGGUUGGCAUCGGCCCAAGGCUCGCAUCUGGACCUCAUCGCUGCGUCCUUAACGGCAUGGAUGGGAAUCAACAACUUUGAAUUCACUCCUGCUGGAACCUGGUACGACAAGCCCACGGCUCUGCGAUGUCCGGUCGGCCAGGUCCGACUGCCAGCGGAGAUAUCACCGCAAACCAGGCAACCCAAGCCCCAUGACUGCAUUCGGUUCUUGGUCUGGUACCGAACCCUCUUCAUCAUGGCCAACUUCUUCGUUCAAUUCGACGCCAGUAGGGCCAGUGACCAUCUCAGUAGCACGGCGAAUACGUGCUGCAUGGAGCUGAAAGAACUGGUCAGUGACUGGGACCUUUUAUCACUAGACAGAUCGCCCAACCUGGGCUGGGUAAAAUCCUGGCUCUUUCUCGAGACGGUCAUCGCGUUGCAUCUUUUCAUCAUCUUCGUGAGGCGGAAAGUGUCAAGUGCCGAGCAGAUUGUGCACCCACAAGCACUUCGUUUCGCUAGACUCAUAAUCGGCAUUAUCCCAGAGAAGUCAGAAUCUCCAAUCUCGCCCUGGGGGGAACAUGGCGACUUUCAGACACACUUUCUGACAUUCUAUCCCUUCGGCGCCUUCUUCACUCUCUAUUAUCACAUCCUGUCUUCCACCCAACCUAGUGACUGCCAUCCGGCGCGACUUUUCCCAAUUGCCGACGCCGCGAGUGCCCUUAACGAUGUCUGUCGGGCAUUUCACUCGUGCCAGAAGAAUUCCGCUUUUACCAUCAACUCCUCAGACAUGCUGCCAGACAACCCACUGUUUCUGUUACCCAACGAAAAGGAAGCCGGUUCGUCGACGGUCCCAGAUCUACCGCCGCUUCAGACAGAGGAGGAACUGGAUGACGCGUUUGGGAAUUCCUUCCAGCCUCAACAUCAGGUUGCACCCAGCACGCAGUCUGGACUGGCCACGGAGAAGGAGACAGCGCGGACCAUGGCACAGCCCUUGGACUUUGUGCGAGCAGUAGCAGUGGAGAACGAGUUGGUCUGGCGCAACUGGCACGAAAGCUGGUGGAAUUCACAAGAGCCCGGUCCUAGCUAA